UCCGAGACCAGACGCGAGCUGUCCGCGUGCGCUCCCCGGGGCAGCAGCUGGCGCGUGACCCUCGGAGGGAAGCGCUCGUCGGUGUUUGUGUGCAGCUGCAGCGGGGAGAAGAGCCUUGCCUCCUUGCCUGCUGCUCCGGGAGCCGAGUGUGUCUGCACAAGUGACCCCCUGAUGGAAAAGCUGCCUUUGGAAAACAGAGGGCCUGAUCCUGCAGUCCUUGGAUUGGGCAAAAUACACAGAGUUAUGGAGGGGAAGUCGAUGUUCUUCCCUCAUUUCAAAUGUGUAUUGUAAUACUGGCUGCUUUAAUCAUUGCACGAAUUAAACCAACCUCCCACAAACAUGGCGGACGAGGACCUUAUCUUUUGUAUGGAAGGUAUUGAUAAUGCCAGGUCAACUAACACAGUCUCUGGAAAUUAUCCUGAUGCUGAUAGUGAGGAUGAGGAUAGUUAUUACAUCUGCCCGAUAACAGAUGACCCAGUAUCUAACAAGACUGCAAACAACAAAGUCGCCAAUUAUUUCAGCAACUUAGCAAAAGAUGAACAUUACAGAUCUAGCUCUUCUCCUAGAAAUUCAUUCAAUAUUAAGGAAGCCUGGAAACAUGCCAUUCAGAAAGCUAAACACAUGCCUGAUCCCUGGGCAGAAUUUCAUCUUGAGGACAUUGAAACAGAAUAUGCCACACGUUAUAGGUACAACGCAGUUACUGGGGAGUGGGUCGAAGAUGAAGUUCUCAUCAAAAUGGCUUCACAACCCUUUGGCCGUGGAGCAAUGCGGGAGUGCUUCAGAACGAAAAAGCUGUCCAAUUUUUUACACACUCAGAACUGGAAAGGUGCAUUUAACUAUGUUGCCAAGCGAUACAUUGAGACUGUAGACAGGGAUGUAUACUUUGAGGAUGUCCGACUUCAAAUGGAAGCAAAACUUUGGGGAGAGGAGUAUAACCGGCACAAGCCACCAAAACAGGUUGACAUAGUGCAGACCAGCAUUAUUGAAAUGAAAAACAGACCCGGAAAGCCCCUCUUUCAUUUGGAACAUUACAUAGAGGGCAAAUACAUCAAAUACAACUCAAACUCUGGAUUCGUACGAGAUGACAACAUUCGCCUUACCCCACAAGCCUUUAGCCACUUCACAUUUGAGCGUUCAGGACACCAGCUCAUUAUUGUGGAUAUCCAGGGAGUUGGCGAUCUUUAUACAGACCCACAGAUCCACACAGAGAGUGGCACAGACUUUGGAGAUGGCAACCUAGGUGUACGGGGUAUGGCUUUGUUCUUUCAUUCUCAUGCCUGUAACAAGAUUUGCAAAAGUAUGGGACUUACACCUUUUGAUCUUUCACCUAAAGAGAAGCACGUCUUGGAUCAUAGUAACAAACUGCUUGAAUCUGCUCAGACAAUUGUACGUGGCACAGAGGAAAAAUGUGGCAGUAGCCGGGUGAGAACGAUCUCUGGUAGUCGGCCUCCUCUGCUUUUCCGCCUGUCUGAAAAUUCUGGAGAUGAGAGCAUGAGUGAUGUGGCAUUUGACUCCUUACCCUCUUCUCCCUCCUCAGCAACACCACAUAAAAUGGAUAUGCUUCACUGGCCUGUGUUCAGUGAAGUGGAUAACUUGGUUCACAAAGACCAUGAUCAUCUUGAUAACCAAAGGGACUCUGAAAAUGGUGGAGACAGUGGGUGCCCCAGUGAAAAGAGAAGUGACCUGGAAGAUAUGGAUCAUCGAGAAAGGGGCCAUUCAAACUACAACCGAAGACGUGAAUCUGAUGAAGACAGUUUGGGAAGUUCUGCAAGGGUCAGUGUGGAGAAGUGGAAUCUCUACAACUCUUCCAGAGUCCACGUCCAUAGACCGUCCUGUGUUUCAGUGGAAGUUCAGAGACUCAAUGCACUGGAAUUUGAAAAGAAAAUUGGGAAAUCCAUCCUUGGGAAGGUCCAUCUGGCCAUGGUUCGCUACCACGAAGCUGGGCGUUUCUGUGAGAAAGAUCAGGAGUGGGAUCAGGAAUCCGCUCUUUUUCACCUGGUGCAUGCCGCUGAUUGUGGAGAACUGGAAGCCAUCGUUGGGUUAGGACUCAUGUAUUCCCAGCUGCCACAUCACAUUCUUUCAGAGGUCACUUCAGAGGACACAGAGGAAAACCGAGGAAAAGGAUUUGAUUAUUUACUGAGAGCAGCAGAAGCUGGAGACCGGCCUUCCAUGAUCCUGGUAGCAAGAUCAUAUGACACAGGUGUAAAUCUUGGUUCAAACAGAAUCCAAGACUGGAAGGAAGCCCUGCACUGGUACAAUGCUGCACUGAACAUGACCGAUUAUGAUGAAGGGGGUGAAUACGAUGGAACUCAGGAUGAGCCCCGGUAUCUGCUCCUGGCGAGGGAAGCUGAGAUGUUAAUGACAGGAGGGUUCUACCUGGCCAAGGAUCCCCAAAGAUCAGGUGAGUUGUAUACAGAAGCAGCAGAAGCAGCAAUACAAGCCAUGAAGGGCAGAUUGGCAAAUCAAUACUACCAGAAAGCUGAAGAAGCUUGGGCAAUGAUGGAGGAAUGAAACUUCAAAUGAGGCAGCUCUUGUAUAUUAAAAAUAAUUUUUUAUAGACUGUUACUUUGCAAAAAAAAAAAAGAUGUAUUUUUAUGUGUUGUUACUGAUUUGUGUUUUUCAUAUUUUAAUUUUCUAAUUUUAUUCUGAGGGGGAAAAAUAUACAAAUGUAGGUUGUAUUUUGGGGAUGCUAUAAUGUAGUUUUACCUAUACUUCAAAGCUGCAGUAUCUAUGAACUUGAUCUUUUAUAACUUUUAACUGUUAUAUGUGAGGAGCCUGAUUAAUUUCAGAAAAAUGAAGCUGAUGUCAGCUUGCGUUGCACACUUUUGUUUUACAUAGCAGAUUAUCAGUGUGUUUAUUUCUUUCGGUUACUCCUCUUCUUCCCCUCCUCACAAAAAACAAACAUUUCUAAGUUCAAAGCACUUCUACAACAGUAUUUGGUUUACUUCAAGCACUUCUUCAUUUUCCAUGUAAACAUACACGCAGAAAUUCCCUUUUUUAAUUCCCCUUGUGAAAUAAACCCAAAAACCGGCGCAAUCAGGAAUGGAAUUAUGCUAAUAACACUCUUUACAAUGCAGUUCUCUAUAAAAAUGGUAUCAUUGGAGGCACCAUGUUUAUUUUCUUCCUUAAGUGAUUUGAGAUGCCGUCUUUUCAGUUUGCAAAUGAAAAAAUGCUUUUUCCUAAGUGCUCGCCUUGAAAAUCAAGCUGGGACUUGAAAGUCAAGAUGGUUUCUCUUUAGGUCACUCAUCACCAACAAUACAAAUUCCGCAGUCAGAACUUAGCUAACAAUUCUCUCUCUAGCUCCCUCUCCCACAUCUGUAUGGCCUCUGAAAAGAAGUAAAAACUUAUUUCAGUCAGAAAAGUAGCUAUAACUCUGAAUACACACAGGGAGAGCAGGUCCAUUGAAUAUAGGCGUGCCAUUUUUAUGUAGCAGACCUGUACUUUAAAAGUUGUAGGGUAAAAUCCUGGGUCUGUUGAAAUCUGUGGCAAAAUGCCAAUGACUUUUAUGGGGCCAAGAUUUCACCGAGGGCUAGUCUACACUUGAAAUGCUACAGUGGCAUAGCUGCUGCUCUAGUGCUUUGUUAUAGACACAACCUAACCCCUCCCAUCGGCAUAGAUAAUCUUAACUACAGAAGUGAGGGGUGUGGAUUUUUCUCACACCUGACUGAUGUAGCUGGGUCGAGCUGAUUUCGUUGUGUAGACCAGGCACAAUAGUAAAUGGAGAUUUUUUUUUUUGGCAACAUUUUCUAUUGUAUCUUAUUGUCCUAAUACAAUAAUCUAAGUUGCAUAUCGCCCUACUGGACUUAUGAUGUGCGUCUUAUAAGAUAGCAUAAAAAAGUCUGUAGUCUACUGAUUUCUUGAUAUCAUUUAGUUCUUCCAGUGACAUCACCAUUCACAGUGCAUUUAACAUUAAGAAAUACCCGUCCCAACCAUUUCAAUAUAGGGACAUUUAAAGAGGUUAGAGAAACUGACAUGCAUGUACAUUUACUAGCUCUCUAUUCUAAAUAAUUUUGUGCUUAGGUUAUGUAAAAAGCAUUCAGACUAUAAU